AUGAGGCAUCGUGAGCUAGAGUUUUCUAUUGGUGAUAAGGUAUUCUUGAAAGUGUCACCAAUGAAGGGAGUAAUGCAGUUUGGAAGAAAGGGUAAACUUAGUCCUCAUUUUAUCGGCCCUUAUGAGAUUGUGAGAAGAAGUAGGAAGGUGGCAUAUGAGUUGAAACUAACAUCUAACAUGGCUAUGAUACAUUCUGUGUUUCACAUUUCAAUAUUGAGAUUGUAUAAACCUGAUCCUUCUCAUGUCUUAACUCAUGAAGUGAUUGAAAUCAACGAAAGGUUGUCUUAUGAAGAGGAACCGAUUCAGAUCUUAGCCCGACAAGUUAGAAGGUUGAGGACGAAAGAUGUGGCUUCGGUGGAAGCCCUGCGGCAAAAUCAUAAUACUGAAGAAGCAACUUGGGAAGCAAAGGAGGAUAUGAAGAAGAGAUACCCUUCCUUAUUCCCUAUUCCAAGUAUGUAUUGA